UACUUUUGCAUAUUUAGGAGGAGAAUUCUGUAUUCGUCAUGACAAAUUUGAUCAUCACAUUGAAUCAGACGCAAGGAUACUGUUCAGAGUUUCCAGAUAAGACCACAACUUGCCAGUCUGAUAAGGAUUGCACAAAAGGAUACAUUGGCACUCACAGUAACGGUGUUCAAACUGGGAAGUGUGUCGAUUACCCCCAAAAUCACACACUCAAAACUUGUGAAGUGUUUGCCUGGUGUCCAGUGGAGAAUGAUGAGGAGGUACCCAAACCAGCUUUCCUCAAGGAUGCUGAGAAUUUUACUCUUCUCGUGAAGAACAGCAUCUGGUACCCCAAGUUCAACUUCACUAAGCGAAACAUUCUCCCCAACAUCAAUAGCACAUACCUCAAAAACUGCAAAUACAAUGCCAAAACGGACCCCUUUUGUCCAAUCUUCCGCCUCCGCGAUAUGGUUGAAGCUGCUGCACAGGAUUUCCAGGAGAUGGCAAUUGAGGGCGGAGUGAUGGGGCUGCAGAUUAACUGGAACUGUGACUUAGACAAGGCUGCUGCUCAUUGUGUGCCAAAAUAUACCUUCCGCCGCAUUGAUAACAAGGAUUCUGCCCACACAGUCUCACCUGGAUACAAUUUCAGAUUUGCAAAGUACUACAAAACACCUGAUGGUGUAGACUCCCGGACACUCAUCAAGGCUUAUGGCAUCCGCUUUGACAUCAUGGUAUUUGGAAAGGCAGGAAAAUUUGAUAUCAUUCCCACAAUGAUUAACAUCGGAUCUGGUUUAGCCCUCUUUGGUGUGGCAACUGUCCUGUGUGAUGUCAUUGUCCUGUAUUUUAUGAAGAAAAGAUACUAUUACAGAGAGAAAAAAUACAAAUAUGUCGAAGAUUAUGAAUUGGAAGCCAAUGCAUCCUAUGGAUCCCAGUCAGAAAGUCAUGUGUUCCAUGGUGACUGAUCACUCCAAAAGGCUGCAACAAACACCGUCCUACGCAUUUCACAGGGAGCUAAUGAAUGGGAUGCAUCUCUCAGGAACUGACUGACUGGCCUUGACUUUCUAAUAUGGGUGUGGGGGAAAAGAAAACAUUUAAAUUAUCACUGUAUUACCAUCACGCAGGGCUCAGACUAACUUCUGUUUUGGAUGCCUGACUUAAGCCAGCAGCUCUUCCUGAUCUAAAGGGAAUGUGAAGAUUGGGAUACUCUGUAAAUACUUCAACACUUUCUGUGAAAGUUUCUUCUGGGAGGUAGGGAUUCAGUCUGAGGUAAUUCUGAGCUGAGCCUCUAAACUGUGGCUGUGUGAAGACAAAUUGUCUCUCAUAUUUCCCCCAGGUGGGGAAGAUACACCUUGGAUGCUAAAAUGGUCCUACUUCUGAUUUGAAACACUAGACCCAUUUCCUUUUGUAGCCUUGUUGGUUGUUGUCAUAGUUGGGUUGGUUCUGCUGCCAUCUCUGCCCGACUAGAUGCCAGUGGGGUGUAAGCGAGCUUGUUCAUAGUAAGUGCCAACGUGUAAAGACAUGAAUGCCAGGUGCCUUCCCCCCCCCCCCCCCCCAAGAAUGCAGAAAAUGGGGAUUAUGCCAAAACUCUUUUAUCAGAAUUUUACCAGAACUAUAGUUUAGGAAAGUCCUCAGGACACUUAAACUAGUUUGAUGCAUAGUCAUAUUUUGAGAUUAACAAUUUACUACUAGUCCUAUCCCAUAUGUACACAGGAGCCAUAAGUGUUUCUUACUGUGAAUUGGAGAUUUGGAGAUAGGUGAUUGAGAAUGUAUUUUGCACAUAUUAUAAAGGCAUUGGAAACUUUA